AUGUCUUCUCCUCAACUUGAAUAACAAUAAUCUCUACCUGCUGUAGGCUAAUCUCCUGAAUAACAAACAUCUGGAAAUUGCAUAAUUAAUGAUACUCCAUCAACUGAAGAGAAAUAGCUUAGUCAAAAAACUAAUUACUCUGUACAAGACUCGUUAGAUUAGCCUAAAGGCACAGUCUUAAGUGCCACUGCUAGCAUUUUAAAGGGAGGAAUAGGAACUGGAAUACUUUUUCUACCAAGCACUUUCUAAGCUUGUGGUAUUGGUUUAAGCAUUAUUUUCAUGAUUAUUUGUGCUGUUGUUAGCUACUUCUGUUGGUCUUUAAUCAGCAAAAUCAUAAGAUUCCAAGAAAGCACUGACACUAAAGAUCCUACUAAUAGAAACCUCACUCUUGAAGCAACUGGUGGCAAAUUAUAUGGGAAAUCUUUCUUAAUUUUCUUGUAAGCUUGCACAUACAUUUAUGCCUACUCUUCAUGUUUUGCCUACAGCAUUUUUAUCUAUCAAACACUUAAUCCAAUAAUUCCUAACAAUAUGGUCAUUAUGGCUAUCAUGUUUGCUUUUUAUCUUCCAUUGUCAAUGUAUAAGAACAUAGACAAACUUUCUUUAUUUACUUAUCUCGGUCUCUCUGCUACAAUCAUCACUUUAAUCAUUAUUAUUGGUAAAUCCUGUGAAGUAAUUGAUACAACUAACGUAAAUUUUUCUUCUUUAACCCAAUUCGAUUUUACAUAAAUACCCUUGCAAUUUGGUGUCUUCUCCUUUGCUUAUGAUGUCAAUGGCAUGUACACUGAAGUUCAUGCUUCAAUGAAAAACAAAAACCAGUUUGACUCUGUAUUAAGAUAUUAUUUAUGUAUUUUCACUCUUUUGGGUAUCUUUGUUGGUAUGAUGGGUUAUAUUGCCUUUGGUGCAGACACAUAAGCAGUCAUCUUCUAAAAUAUUGGAUCUAUGGGAGGCGUUGGAACUGCUUUAGAUUUCCUUUAUAGUUUUUCCAUUUUAGCUAGUAUUUUACUAUACGUCUUUACUGUAGUUAAAUUUUUAGAUAGUAUGAUCCAAAAAUACAUGCUCAAAAAUUCUACUAAAUGCAUGAAUUUAUUCCAAAAAGUUGCGUUAAGAUCUGUAAUCUUUUUUUCUUUCACCUUUUUAGCUCAAUACGUUAAUUAAAUUAGUAACGUUUUCAAUAUUUUGGGAUGUAUUUUCUGCACUAUUCUCACUUACAUCUGUCCAUUAAUUUUUUAUGUCAAAGCUGUUAAGAAACAAAAAUCUAUUCUUAACGCAAUUCAAAAUGGAGAUAUUGAAAAAGACACUAUUCAAGUGAAACCACCCAACAUUUCUGUCCUUGAUACUCACUACAAAUACUAUAUUCUAAGCGGCUUGAGUUUUAUAUUCGGUCUCCUAGGAGGUACAUCAGGCCUUGUAAGUACAAUCAUUUAAAUUUAACAAAGCUCUUGA